AUGUCGACUUGCGGACGCGGUUGCGGGCAAGGUAGAGGUAGACUAGGAAAUGCUAUUCCUAAAGCAACAAGGAAUAAUCCUAACCCUGUAGACUUUAUGGCUACCUUGGAAAAUAUGGCUGCGGCUAUGCAGGCGAUAGCCGAAGCCUUGGGAAAUCAAAUGAACAAUGGGAAUAAUGGCAAUAACAGCGAUGAGGGCCCUAUGACGCUUUCCUCUUUUCAGAAGGUUCAUCCUCUAAACUUUAGAGGAACCUCAAACCCCACCGAUGCAGACAACUGGAUUCAAGCUAUAGAGCAAGCAUUACAGGCUCAACGGGUUCUUGAUGAGCAGUGGGUUGAGUUUGGAACAUAUCAGCUACAAGUCAGAAAUGCUAAGGAACUUGAACUGCUUCAGCUGAAACAAGGCCAGAUGACUGUUAUUGAGUACACUAGCAUGUUUAAGAAAUUGUGCCGCUUUUCACGGAUUUGUCAAGGAGCUCCUAAGAAUUUCGCUGAGUGGAAAUGUAUCAAGUAUAAGGGAGGCCUUCGGAGCGAUAUUCUGAGUUUCGUUGCACCUAUGGAGAUCAGGGUAUUCUCUGAACUUGUGAACAAGAGUAGGGUGGCUGAGGAGUUUGUGAGAAAGGCUACAGCAGAGAAGGGAAGUAUGAGAAUGCGUUUCCAGAGGACUCCAGGGAGGAAUUUUGCACCAAGGGGCAGACAAUUUAAGUGUGGCAUCUUUGUCCCUCAAAAUAAUCAGGGGCAGGGUAACUUCAGAAGGUCGAAUGCUAAUGUUAAUCAAGGAAGAAGGUAUUGA